AUGGAAUUAGAAAAGAACAGCGAUGUUAAAAGUGAAAGGAGAUGCUUCAAUCAGACCUCGCGUCUUUUUUCUUAUUCUGAGGAAGCCAAGCGCACGCUCGUCGGAGAUGUUGCAACAGGAGCUAACCACUCUGAUUUUGGCCAGGCACAUUCUGUCAAUGUUUCAGAAUUAAAGUUGUCAGAGGAAAGCUUGCCUUACUUAAGUUCAUCUUUAGAUGCAGAUAUUGAAAUGUAUAAUAAACGGAGAAUGAGAAUUUGCUGUGCCUGGGUAGAUGAAAGCAAGAAAGCAGCUGAUCUAUUGGAAAGGGCAUAUGACAGUACACACUCUAAUUGCGGGGUGUGUGAUGAUUGCAGACAAAGCCAUUUAGGUGAAGAUUCACAGCUGGAGUAUCUCAGUGCUAAUGAGCAAGAUUUUGAUGAUAGGAAUAGCUCAAGUGAGUUUUCUGAGCAAAGGGAAACUAUACGAAUUGAAACCUUAAAGCUGAUAGAUCCAGUUCAUGAAGUUUCACGGGAUGGAGUCAUAAAGGAACAAAAUCUUGUUGAUGUGUCAGAAGAUUGUUCUCCUGCUUCUGAGUAUGGUGUAGGUGACCAGACCUGCCCAGAAGCAGCUAUGCCAGAGCUUCCCCACCUGCUUCAGGACUCUCUGUCUCUGCCAGAUUGCAAUGGCGUGACUUGUGAUCAUCAGGAAGAGCAAACAGAGUAUCAUAGUGUUGUUUGUGGAAGUAUACUUGAAAGUCAUUCUUGUGGGAGUAAAGAAAGGGUCUGUCCAAAUCUGCUUGUAUGUGACAGUUUAGAAAACGGAGAGCUGAAAGACGUCCCACUGAUUGAUGGCACACUGUCACCCCAAACGGCUACAAGUGAAGAAGUGUCUGAAAACAAUGACAGACACAUUCACAGCAUCUCAGUGAAGCAAGACAAUCCUUUAGCAUCACCACGGGAGAGGGCCCCUGCAGUAGCCACGCAAUUUUGCGAAUGUACAGGGGACCCUGCUUUCUACAGUUGUGAAGAAUCCAGUGUGUGCACACGUGGUGCCAGCUGCGUUGACCGCACUGCAAAGGAUGCCGAAACCCAAUUUCCAGUCUGUGCAAUUCUCACUAGCAAGAAUCCCUUUUUUGAGGUGGAACUUGCAGAUAAAUCCUCCUGUGGAAAUACCAGCUGUCUGAACUCAGAGUUGGAGCAUCAGGAAAACCUGAAAAACGUUAGCAGUCACUCUGUGGUUAACCAGGCUGUUGAUGUGAGCUCUGAUUUUAGAGCUUGCUUUACAACAAGCAGAAGUACCAGUGCUCAGGUUUGUCUCUUGUCCAGGGCUAUUAAUACAGAGAUAACAAUGAUGAACAAAUCUCGACCUGUGGGAUGGUGCCGUGAAACCUGUGCAGACAUUGCUUGCAAUACAGACUGGUCAUGUGGAACCAAUAGUACAGAGGAAAUUCGGCCACAGCUUACUGAGAUGCUGGAAAAACACUCAGUUGGCAAUACUGCAACAGCUGAAAGAAGUUCAAAAAUUCAGGUAUCUCCAGCUGUGGGCUUUGUAGUGCAAGAAAGAGAUUGGCAGGCUAGAGAAAGCCCACCAGAGGACCAUGGAGAUGGCGAGGGGAGCUGGUGGAGCACCUGGACGGUACACCUCAAACAAGCUGUGAAGAAUUCUGCAUCAGGCUACUGUCAAGAAAUACUGCAAAGGGCAAUUGAAGCAGAAUUGCAGAUUCUAAACACUCAUUAUCAGAUGUGUUAUCAGCACUGCUUGAAGAUUUACAAACUGGCUUUGGAGGAAAACACAUGUUUCAGCAGGCAUUUGAUCUUAUUUUCUAAUACAUAUUUUAACAGAUGUAAUGGAAAUACUGAAUUAGGAUCAUCUCUCGUGUUGGUUUUGGAAGAGCUAAAAAAGAAUUACAACAGUAUGAGAAUGAAAAUAAAAAUGGGCAUACCUUUAAAUUCACUUCCACCGCUAUCAGUUGAGAUGAAGUUGUUCCCAAUCUCCUCCUCUUAUGUCCCAUGCAAGUUGUUCAGGGAUGAUCGUUGCUACAAUUCUGUCUCAGGCGCAAGAAAAGCUGACUUUGAAGCACCAAAACUGCAAGAAAGGAAGAUUUCUGUCAAUAUGGACAAUCCACAGACUGUAUGUUUAAUUGAUGGCCGUCAGCCAAGUGACUCUGCUUCCUCCAAGGCUUUUGAAGAACAACAUAAAGGUCAGGAUGUAGAAUGUGGCUGUGUGAAAAAUGAAGAAGGGAAUGAAUAUUGGUUUGAUGCUAAAGAGGACUUGACAGUAGCAGAUUUUUCAGUAAUAUCUGAAGAAACAAAAAAGCAACAAGAAAAACAAGACACGGUUGAUGUAAGAGAAGCGAAGGUAAUGGAGAGUGGAAAUGAGUGUUCUUUUAUUCAUGUUGGUGGCCUAAGUUCCUCAGUGUCAGAGGGUGAUUUAAGAUCCCAUUUCCAGAAGUAUCAGAUUUCUGAUACUCUUACCUCAGUGGAUUCUAGCAACUACAGAUAUGCAUUUCUUUCCUUUAAAGACACUGAUAAAGCAAAGUUAGCUGUAGAGGAAAUGAACCAGAAAAAAAUAAAAGGAAAACCAGUAAGUGUUGAACUUGUAAAUACUUCAUCAGAGAACAAAUAUUUGGUUUCCCAAGUACUUACAAAAAAGCUUUGGCAUGAAAUCCAACCUGUUGAUAACAGUCAAAGAAAUGCUCAAGAUAAAACACUCACUUCAGCCUCCAAUUCUGAGAAAACACAUGACGACACCUCUGCUUCUGAGAAAAUGCCUCUCCUUCCCAUAACUUCUUCAAAAAUUUCUUGCUCUACACAAGUACCUUCAGAAACAAAGUGCCCUGGUCUGAAAUCAUCUACUGAAGAUUCCGUCCAUUAUUUGCUUGGAGUUAAUCAAAAGGAUACUGGAGAAAAUUUCAUGCAGAAAACAUCUGCUCCAUUCUUCAUUAAUUCAUAUGAUGCCUUUAUUUCUCCUAAUAUGUUGAACUUGAGCAGCUUUACCAAAUUAAUGAAGAAACUUCAAGAAAUUCAUCCAGAGGCUAGCAGAGACAAAAUUGUGGAUGCUCUGCUGAAGGUGAGGAAAAACAACAAAGGUGUCCUGAGUGGCUUGUCCAUCAAUUCUAUUGUGGAAAGGACCUCUGUCAUUCUAAGGAAAUCGACACCCAGUUCCAGUAGUGUAAACUUCGUCCUGAAGCUGCAGGCCCCCACCUGCCCGGUCCACGGUGCGGAGAUGGAGAUAACGCUGUCUUACCGGGCGCGACAGCCUCGGCUAAAGCCUGCUGAAGUCACCGGGAAGGUCACCUGCCCUCGGUCGUGCCGAAUAAGGCGGCGGCUGUGGACAG